AUGUUUCAGAAACGUCUACUGCGCCUCCUCUUCCUCGUCGUUUCUACCGUUGCACCUGGCGGAUGGGUCCGCGACGAUACGGAGAGGCUGUACGGCGAGCAUGACGAUGUCGAGUCCAACAUAGCCGGCCUCAAACAGGGUGACCCGCUGCCCGAGCAUGACGACAUGGACGCACACGACCGCCCAGAAUGGGCAUUCGACUACUCAUGUACGUAUCUGCUGCACGCAUUCUCUCUCUCGAAGCCGAGAGAUGGCGUGAAGCACAACAGGAUCACGCCAAAGUACGUCCUAGAGAAGAGAAGCAAUUUUGGGAGGGCUGUGUACCCCAUAGCCAAAGAAUUGUACGACAAGGGUAUAAUAACGAUAGAUGAGACUUUGUAG